AUGGCCCGUAAAGACACAGGACUAACAUUAAAAUCCUUAGUAGGAAUCCUCAUGGCAGUCCUGCUGACCCAUCAUUGUGUUCUUUCAUUAAGUACAGAUUUGAAGAUAGAUGACAGUUACGCAAGUCUGUCUACGAACAUUAAAGAUUCUGUAAAAGUCACUAACUUCAGGUCUGGUAGCAUUAUAGCAGAUUAUAAAAUUAGUUUAACAGCAAAUGGUGCCAGUGGUGCCAACAGUGAGGAUUUUACAUCAGCAAACACAGAGGCUUUCCAGACUCUUUCAAAAGCAGGAAUCCCUGCAACUAUCAAUGCUUUUUUUGAAACCGGUAGUAAGUCUGUCAUGGAGGAUUUUCUCAAAACAGUGGACAUCCUUGUUUCAGAUCAAGCCACUGCAUCAUGGCAAAAUUUGACAAAAGAAAACACCAGCAUUUCUCUUCUGAGCGCUGUGGAGGAUAUAAGUAAUCGUCUCACAGAAGGCAGUUUUAGCAUUAAGCAAAAAUACAUUGAAUUGAAUAGAAAUGUAAUUAAUAACUCUUACACUGGGAAAUCACACCUGACAAACUCAGCCACUGAGAUUCUGAUACCACAGGUUCUUAAUCCAUGUGGAUGUGAAGUAAAGCCUGUGAGGAAUGAAUCUGGAAUAAUUACAUGUGAAUGCAGCCACACAACUUCUUUUUCAGUCCUAAUGUCACCAUUUUCCAUUGAUCACAUAACCUUGGCAUAUGUAACCUACAUAGGUGUAGGUAUUUCAGUGGCUUGUUUGAUUUUGUGCCUCAGUUUUGAAGCUAUCGUAUGGAAGGCAGUGAGAAGAAAUGACACCUCCUACAUGCGACAUGUCUCCAUAAUCAACAUUGCCAUCUCCCUGCUGAUCGCGGACAUCUGUUUUAUAAUUGGAGCUGCAAUCUUAGAUGAAGAGCAGCCAACCCCUGUGGAUCGCUGCAGUUCAGUAGUUUUCUUUAUGCACUUAUUUUACCUGGCUCUUUUCUUCUGGGUGUUAAUUUCAGCGCUGUUGCUCUUUUACCGUGUGGUCAUGGUCUUGUCACUAAUGUCAAGAGCCGAAAUGAUGGUCAUUGCCUUCUUACUUGGUUAUUGUGCACCUUUGCUCAUAGCGGUCAUUACUGUUGCGUCAACAGCUGGACCACAGAAUUAUGUUUCCAAAGAAGCAUGCUGGCUGAACUGGGAUGAAUCUAAGAAUCUGCUGGCAUUUGGGAUUCCAGCUCUUACUAUAGUAGCCAUAAAUCUUGUGUUUUUUAUUGUGGUUCUGUACAAGAUAUUUAAAAGAAGAGCUGGUGCUGCAACUCAACCAGAUGGGAAACAUGCCCUGGUGGUUGCCAGAUGUGUGGCUAUUUUUACUCCUGCCUUUGCUUGUGGAAUCACAUGGGGAUUUGGAAUUGGUACCACGGUGUCAGCUGACUUGUUUGUUCAUGUGGUGUUUGCACUCUUCAAUUCGCUGCAGGGAUUCUUCAUUUUGGUGUUUGGGACACUUUUAGACUCCAAGGUCCGCGAGGAACUGGCAAGAUCGUUUUCACUACGAAACCUUAACAGCUCUAGCUGUACCAGGACUAUGAUGUCCUGUAAGAGACUAGUUGUGUGCUGUAAGAGACUGAUGUCCUCUGAGAGACGUGUAUGCUGUGAGAGACUGGUGAUGUCCUGUGGCCUCUGA